GACGUAGGGGUUGUACGCGGGAUUAUGAAUGCGGGUCUUGCGUGUGACGUGUUUCCGGUAGUGGCUCGUCGGACUUGGUGGUGAGUAACACUUUCGUCGAGGAGAAGCAGAUAUCAAGUGGUUGACCAUGGGAAUUAUUGCUACGAGUUUGAGAAGCUUGUUCGGAAAGAAAGAGAUGCGAAUUCUCAUGGUUGGUCUGGAUGCUGCUGGAAAAACCACCAUUCUUUACAAAUUUAAGCUUGGAGAAAUUGUUACCACAAUUCCUACCAUAGGUUUUAAUGUCGAAACCGUGGAAUAUAGAAACAUAAGCUUCACGGUGUGGGAUGUCGGCGGACAGGAUAAAAUCCGACCACUUUGGCGUCAUUACUUUCAGAACACACAAGGGUUGAUAUUUGUCGUUGACAGUAAUGACAGGGAACGUGUGACUGAGGCACGGGAGGAGCUAAUGCAGAUGCUUGCAGAAGACGAAUUACGUGAAGCUGUCUUGCUUGUCCUUGCCAACAAACAGGAUCUUCCGAAUGCAAUGAAUACAGCUCAAAUCACAGACAAACUGGGCCUGCACACCCUGCGCUGUCGACAAUGGUAUAUUCAGGCUACGUGCGCCACCUCUGGUGAGGGUCUCUGCAACGGUCUGGAUUGGUUAGCCAAUCAGUUGAAAAAGAAGUGAUGACUGCUUUCCAAGGAUUGUGUAUUUGGAAAAAUUUAACUGUCCUGAUGAGGUGAAUUUGGCUACACUGACUUUUUUAAUCUUCAUCAUUUCCUUGGGGUGUGGUGUCUUCUGGUUAUUGAAUUGGGGAUCCGAGCAGUAGUGUCCUUUGACUGUAUUGUAGUCUCUCUUCCAAGACUCUCAUCAAACAGCUGCAGUUGGCUUAAGUGUAAGAAACUCGAAUUGGAACUGGACCUGUGCAGAAAGAUUUAAACAAAAAAAAACAAUGCAUCCAGAUUGAAUUUAUCAACAGUGCAUUUAUCACAUUCCAAUAAAUGGAGCAUUUUGCUUGUAUUUUUAAAUUGCACUUCUUGAGUACUGGAACUCAGUUCUGUUCAUUUCUCCAUGCUUUUCAUUGUUGCCAUCUUUUCUCUGCUGUGCAUUGUUCUGGGUAUGUUUUAGAAUGUUGUUUAAUGCAUAGCCAGUGAUGGAAUAGGUACUGUAAAAUCAGCUUAAUUAAACAAUUUACCUGUCCACCUCUGCAAAAUAGUGUGGGUCAGUAUCUUUGUAUGGCUGAAAUUAUAAAAUGUCAUCUUAAGACAUUAAAAUAUCAAUCGACA